AUGGAGCCAGAUACAGGGCAGGCGCUCAAAAAGCCACCUUGGAGCCGCGCAGGGGAGCUGAGGGAGGACGGUGACCGCGAGGCUGGUGGCAGACUGCGGGACAACGACAUCCACGAGCCCAACGAGUACGCGGCAGGAUGGCCCAGGGGUUUGGCUUCCGCGCGGGUCCCUGGAAGCGGUCUACCCUCCAACCCCAGUCAAGAGAUGCCCAACAACACUGAAGACUGCCUGAUGGAGAAGCAGGAGGAAUGGGAAGAGGAGGAGGAGGAAGAAGUAGUCAGAUCAGAAGACCGCGAGAGGCCUUGGAGGAGAAGAAACUUUAUCUGGCUGGCUAUUGCUUCAGCCAGCGGGUCUGGGGCUGCGUGCGUGUGGGCGCUUGGGGUGCAGAGCUGCCCACACGUAGCAGCCGCCCAUGCACUCCAGCAGGCAAGGCGCGUCACCAGCCGGCGGUCCCCUCGGAAGCACCAUGACAGACUUUUAUGGUUGUCUCAAGACUUCAGAGACUCGGCGGGUCAGGGCGUAGAGACAGGUCAACUCUGCGUGGGGCUGUGCGGGGCGGCUGGACGCCAGCCGCGGGGCUUCUCAGCCUUUCGGACUUCUCCUUCCCGCCAGCACCCCUACCUGGCUCCCCUGAGCCCCAGGGACCAAGGGACCGCGACGGGAAGGUAGGCGAGUUCCCAGGGCUGUUGCAGUUGAUUAUUUACUUGCAAAGGCAGGAGGGAGAAAAGCACCAAAGGGGAACUUAGCCAAGCCGCUGCGACAGACACGGAAAUACCUGGUUAUUCCCGGGGUUUCCUGUUGCAGGCAUCCAGAUUCCCUACUUCUUGGUGCAAGGGACCUGGAUGAUUUUGUGUCACUCCAAUGAUUGGUGGUCACCUGGGGGACAGAUUGGUGGGUCCCUCUCAGCAUGCUAGUCUGCUUCUUCUAUUCUAAGAACAGGAUUCAGGAAGUGCUCUUACCAUGGCUGAGUUACUAAGUGAAGUUCCUGGCAGUCUGGAAGUUCUGGAGGCCAGUGAUGAGGGAAAGAAGAAAUCUAAAUUUAAAGCUUUAAAAAGCUUUUUUGGCAAGAAGAAGAAAAAGGAGCCUGAAGAUGACCAGGGAAGGAUGACGUUAAAACCAAACUUGUCCGACAGCAAUAUUAGCAUCUCUACUCUGAAUCCAGUUCAGGAGAAUCAACAAACUGAGCCUGGAUCGAAGAGCAGCAUGGGAAGCAAAACCCUAUCCCAUGAGAGCAUCUUCAUGUUGGAACCUGAGUCUGAAAAAUCAACAAGUAAAAUGUGUCCCACUAUGGAGCCCCAGACAGGCAUAUCUUUGCAGAGAUCUCGUGUUUCUAAAACUGCGCCUAAAACUAGGACCGGUGAUUUGCAUGAAGCUGUGUUUGGAGUCACAGCAGAAGACAGAAGUGGAACCUGGGUUGUGAGCUCCAAGAUCACUGAGAACCCACCAACGCACCCAUGCCAACCCAGCAUCAGCCCACAGCUUAUCCAAUCUGACAGAAUUUCUAAGAAAGGGGCAGAAAUCUCUGUUGGUGAUGAGUCAUCUAUGAGCCCACAAAAGAAGGCUCCACCACACAAGCUUAUGACAGCGAAUAAGAACUCCUCUGAGCCAUCAUCUGGGCCUGAUGACUCUCAGUCCUCAACUGAGUUUGCCACACUUGCCUGUCCCAGCAACACCCAGCUGCCUGUUGGUUUCAGCACCCCAGCCACCACACAGAGCUGUUUAGAUUCUUCAGCUGCUCGACACAAGAUAGCUUUAAAUCCCCGGAAACAAAAGAAAAACUUAGACAUCUUAAUUUAUGACUUUCCAGUGUGGUUUAGUAGUUUCCAGGGUGUUUUAGAGAGCUCUCUACAGCACGUCACUCAGAGAUUAGACACUCCAUAUCUGGAUGAAUUACUUUCAAUAGAACUGAAGCAGGAGGAGCCAAGCCUUCCACUGGUUUCUGAAGAACAAAAGAGUACAACCAAACCAAAAGAAGCCAACCAAAAGAAGCUGAGAAAAGAUAGUGCAGGUACCUCAAGCCAGGAACAGAAGAACAAAACUAAUAAGACAACAAAAGAUAAGACUCCAAACACUGAUGCAGCUGACAGUCGGGUUUAUUCAAUAUCAGCAGCAUAUGGAAGAAGACGGAGAAGAAAAGGAUCAAAUGCUUUAGAAAUGAUUGAGUGUGCAGUCAAAGAAAGAAGCCUCCAACAAUCCAGUCAAGGUUAUGGUCUGGGCAAUAGAGCUAGGUCCUCACCUACUGAGAAGACAGCCAGGAAUUACCCUUUCUGGCAAGUGGAGAAAAAUGCCAUGGAGCAGGCCACAGCUCUACGAGCAGAAACCGCUACUCCUCAAGAGUUGUUUUCAGAUAAAGAUGACAUUAGAAGGAGAAAUGCUGGCAUGAAUUUCAAAGCCAGAAAAGCAUCAGCACAACUCACACCUGAAGACACGGAAGAGUCUAUGGCUAGUGGCCCACCGCCAUACUCUGAAGAUAGAGCUUCUGUAGCUGAGAAGACAGAAGCCAUAACUUCUCUUUUGUCAAUGGUGGAAAGUCUUUCUACAGCUCCAAAAGAGGCCAUUCUCUCAGUGGCAGCAGAAGCUCAGGUGUCAGAAGAAGCUUUCAGCCAUGAGUCACAAAAUGCUCAGUUCAAAAUAGAAUCAAUCCAGGAUGUCCAAAUUAUCUUCAAAGAAAAGCCUCCUGGAGAUGUUCUCCAGGCCUUAACAGCAGAUAUUUCGAGUAUGGCAAGUGCUACGGCUAAAAGAGGUGUUUCUGCCGAGAGGCUGCCUUCCAGAAGCUUUUUCCAGUUCUUGAGGAAGCCUGAAGAUCAAGGAGUCACUUCCAAUUUUGAAAGUACUCCAGAGGAGGAGGGUGGUUCUGAGGAACUGCCUCACAGUUACUCUUCCCAGUCUUUUGGGAAGUUUGAAGAUGAACAAGAAGUUUUCUCAGAAUCAAAAAGUUUUGUUGAAGAUGUGAGCGGCUUUGAGGAACAGCUGACCUCCGGAUGCCCUUCCGAGGCUUUGGAGGAGCCUGAAGAUGAAGAAGUCUCAGCAGAAUCAAAUAGCUAUGUUGAAAAGUACAACAGUGCUGAGGAUUGGAGCAGCUCAGAGGAAGAUCUGCCUCUCGGACACCAUGCCCAGGCCUUGGAAAAGCCUAAGGAAAACCAAGAUGUCUCCCUCAGUUUAGUGAGCACAUCUGCAGAAUGGAAUGGUUCUGAAGAGCUAAUACCUCCCAGAAGCUCUUUCCAGUCAUGGGUGAGACCUACAUUUGAGAAGCAAGUCCCUGCAGGUCCAGAGAGUGCUAUUGUUGACUGGGGCAUAUAUCUUGAGCCACUGCCUCCCAGAGUGACUUCUAAGUGCCCAGGGAUGCCUAAAGUUGAGCAACAAGUCUCCUCAGGUCCCAAAAUUACAAGUAUGGAAGGGUCUGUUUCUGUGGAGGCACUGCCUCCUAAACAUCAUUCUCAGGCCCUGAUGAGACCAGUAGUCAAGCAAGAAGUCUCUGCAGGUCCAGAGAGCACUGCUGUUGAGGGGAGCAUUUCUAUGGAUCUGCUGCCUCCCAGACGCCUUGUCAAGCCAAGGAUGAACACUAAAGUGGAGCAACAAGUUUCUUCAUUUCCAGAGAGCACGGCUGUUGAAGGGAGCAUUUCUGUGAAGUCUCUGCCUCCUAAACAUCUCUCCUACUCCUUGAUGAACCCUAAAGCUCAAGAAAACAUGUUCUCACAUUCAGAGGGUGUUACUACUGAGAGAGUCAUUUCUGUGGAGCCACUGCUCCCCAGAUGUACUCCCCAGUCUUCAACAAAUCUUCAACUUCAAGUUCAACAAAUCUUCUCAGAAAGCACUGCUGUUAAGGAAGGCAUGUUUGAAGAGCUGCUGCCUCCUGGAUGCCCUUCCCAUGCCUUGGGGAGACCAAAAUUCCAGCCACAAACGACUACCCUAGACUCAAUGAGCACUUCUGCAAAAUGGAGUGGUCCUUUGGAGCCGAUGCCUCCCAGACACCCUUUACAGUCAUGGGUGAUUCCUAUGUUUGAGCAGCAAGUCUCUGCAGGUCCAGAGAGCACUGCAAUUGAGGAGAGCAUUUCUAAGGAGCCAAUGUCUCCCAGACAUUCUUUACAGCCAUGGUCCAUUGGGAGAGAUGAAGUCCAGCAAAUGUCCUUUAGCUUUGAGAAUGCUGCUGCUGAGGCUGGCACUUCUGAGAGGCAGUUGUCUCCCGAAUAUCCUGCCCCAUUCUUAACGAAGUCCAGAGUGCAGGAAAUAACCUCACGUCUAGAGAAUACUGCUGUUGAAGAAGACAUUUCUAAAAGAUCACUGCUUCCCAGGCGUCCUUCCCAGUCAUUCGUGAAGUUUAUGGCACAGCAAGUCUUUUCAGAGAGCCCUGCUAUCGAGGGAAAAAAUUAUGUAGAUCCUCUGCCUUCUAAUCAUUCUUCCAAAUCUUCACUGAAGCCUAAAGUUGAGCACCAGGUUUUCUCAGAGUGGGAGAGUGCUGACCCUGAGGGACACAUUUCUUUGAAGACACUGUCUAUGAAGCACCCUCCACAGUCACUAGGGAGACCUGAAGACCCACAAGAAGUCUUUGCAUAUUCAGAGAGUGCUCUUGUGAAAUGGAGCAGUUCUAAGGAGCAGCUAUCUCCCAGAAAGCUUGCCCAGGCCUUGGGGAAGCUUGGGUACCAGCAAGAAGUCUUCUCUGUUUCUGACAGCUCUCCUGAAGAGUGGAGGAAUUCUGAGGAGCAGCUGCCUUCUGAAUGCCCUUCCAAAGCCUUGGGUGGGGCUGAAUUCCAGCCACAGAUAUUCUCAAGGAGCUCAGUGAAUAUACCUGUAGGGUGGGGCCGGACUGAGGAGCACACGCCUCCCAGUCACCCUUUCCAGGCUUUUGGAGGCCCCCAAAAGAAGCAGUUUUAUUCAAGUUCUGUGAAUGCUACUGCUGAGGGAACCAUUUUUGAGAACAAUCCUGGCAGCUGGUCCCUGCCAAAAGGCCCAGCUUCUCCAAACAAAACCAAGAAACACAGCCAAGGUUCUGAAGACCUCAUAAAGAGCACCUCGACCCCCACUACCAAGCCUGGGAAAUUCACCACUGCUCCUGCCUGGAAAACAUUCAUUUCUGAAGGCACUUCCUCUAUGGGAGGAGUGCAUGAGAGUGGUGAUGAUGUCGAAAACCUCUUUGGAGUUCGACUGAGAAGAAUCCCUCCCUCACAAAAGUAUAAGAGUGAGCAACAGGAUAAGGUUACCCCGCUUCCUUCACCGCCCUUGGGCCCAAUUUCAUCCUCUGUAAGCAAGGAGCAUGAAUUCAGAAGCGCUUCCCAGGAACUCCUGGAUACUACAAGGAACUUCACCACAACAUCCAACCUUGCAGAAAAGCAACAGAGCAGGCCCAAAUCUGAAGGCAUGGCCAAGAAGCAACCUGCUUACAAGACCCCAGAAAAGCCUCCUGGAAAACAGUCAGAUGAUGCCAUCUCAGAGCCAGCUUGGCUAUCUAUGAUAAAGCAGAAGCAGAGGGGUUUGCAGGCCUGCAUUCCUAUGAAAGAGCCGAAAACCAAGAGUGUAACUGGAACCACGACUGAAACUAAGGAGCCUAAAUAUGGGGGAGCUGGUCCUGAAACUACAAACCAACCAAGAAGGAUUUUCACUUCUGAUAAACAGAAGACAGCACAGAUGAAGCUAAUUAAGUCUACUAAGUCAGUUGAAUUUGAAGAUCAGAAGAUACUACAAGUGCCUGCCGUGGAAAAACAAACCAAACGAUCUUCAACUCUCCCAGCCAAGUUCCCACAGCCAGUGGAGCUGGAUGAGCCUGUCUGGUUCUCCCUGGCCAAGAAGAAAUCCAAAGCAUGGAGCCACAUAUCGGAGAUCAUGCAAUAA